AUGGCGGUCAACACGAACGAGCAAUUUUUGAUAUCAAUGAAAAUUGAUGGGAAAGAUGUUCAGAUCCUAGGAGACUGCCAUCUUGUAGAAUCACUUAACUCAGACGACCAAAGAAAAAGAGACAUGGCACUACAACUCAUACGAGCAACUUGUAAUAUGGAUGACUGCGUAGAAUCCUCUGAUGCAAAAUCAUGCAGUGCAGUGCCGUGCAGUGCAGAUGUAGAAUCUGAGUCACUGGACCAAAAAAUGUGGAAUAAACAAGACACUAAAACAUUAUUCGAUAUAAGAAGUAGAAUGGAGAAAGACUUUAACAGCAACAAAGUGCACAAGAGUCUUUGGGAAACCAUUGCCAAGGAAUUAUCUGCUGUUGGUGUUACAGCAUCAGCAACACAGUGCAUGAAUAAGUGGAAGGCGCUUAAAAGGGAAUACAAGAAAACGGUGGACAAUAAUGCACAGACAGGAUCAGAGAAAAAAACAUGCCAUUUUUUUUAACAAUUUUCUGAACUCUAUGGAAACAAAAGUGGUACGAGACCAGCAUUUACACUGUCUUCAAGAGUGCGACAAAACAACAAGACAGAAAAUAACAAAGAUAAUGAUGAAGAUGUUGAAGAAGAGGACUCCAGAGAUUCUAAUUCGUCAGAUAGCAGCACUCCACAACCGAAGAAAUCCCUCAAACGUAGGAAUACGAAUCAGUCUGCAUUACUUGCUUUGGAAGAGUACACAAAAAGACAAGAGGAAUACAGGAAAGAAAGAUUAUUUGAAAGAUUUGGAUACAACUUAGUUGAAUUUUAUGAGUUUACCAAGAACAUUGAGGAUUGCUACAAGGACUUGCAUAUGUUUAUUUUUCAAUCACCAAAAGCAACAGAGUGCUUUGAUUCACCUUUUUCAUAUUGUUCAUAUUGCUCUGCUUCGCCUGAAUCUCAGUUCUCUUGUGAAAUGUCUACAAAGUGUUUUACGCCAGACACUUUGCUUAAAGAGACAUGUUUCAAUGUAGAAUCAGACUCUAGCAAUAUACAAAUAGGGAACAAUGUAUUUG